AGAGCAGCCAUGAGCUGGGCGGUGGGCGCGUUGCGGCUGGGGCCGGGGCUGCGGGUUCCCCUGAGCGGGGCCUGGUGGCGCCUCAGCCCCGCGUACAGCGUGGGGACCGUGAAGAGUCAGCUCAUGCAGCACGGGAGCCCCGAGGAGCCUGUUCGCCACAGCAAGGUCUCCAUCAUAGGGACUGGGUCGGUGGGCAUGGCCUGUGCCUUCAGCGUCUUAGCGAAAGGCAUGUCGGACGAGGUCGCCUUCGUGGACGUCGACGAGAACAAACUGAAGGGGGAGGUCAUGGACCUUCAGCACGGCAGCAUCUUCCUGAAAAUGCCCAAUAUUGUUUACAGCAAAGAUUUCGACGUCACUGCAAAGUCGGCGGUCGUGGUCAUCACCGCGGGGGCACGCCAGGCCAAAGGAGAAACGCGCCUUAACUUAGUCCAGCGCAACGUCGUCAUCUUCAAGGAGAUGAUCGGCAGCAUUGUCAAGCACAGCCCCCACUGCAAAAUUAUCGUUGUUUCCAACCCAGUGGACAUCUUAACCUACGUGACCUGGAAGCUGAGUGGGCUACCGAAGAGCCGUGUUAUUGGAAGUGGCUGCACUCUAGAUACUGCUCGUUUCCGUUUCUUGAUUGGGCAAAAGCUUGGUAUCCAUUCCGAAAGCUGCCACGGGUGGGUCCUUGGAGAGCAUGGAGACUCGAGCGUUCCUGUGUGGAGUGGCGUGAACAUCGCUGGUGUUCCCCUGAAAGAUCUGAACUCAGCUAUAGGAACCAAAGAAGAUCCCGAGCACUGGGAAACUAUCCACAAAGAAGUGAUUGGCAGUGCCUAUCAAAUUAUUAAAAUGAAAGGUUACACUAAUUGGGCCAUUGGCCUGUCUGUAGCUGAUAUAACGGAAAGUAUUUUGAAGAAUCUCAGGAGAACACUUCCAGUUUCCACCAUAGUUAAGGGUCUCUACGGAGUAAAGGAAGACGUGUUCCUCAGCGUUCCUUGUAUCCUGGGAGAAAAUGGCAUAUCAGACCUUAUAAAGAUAAAGCUAAGCCCCGCAGAGGAGGCCCAGCUGAAGGAGAGUGCAGAAACGCUUUGGGGAAUUCAGAAGGCGCUCAAGUUUUAAGCCCUUCUAAAGUUAUUGAAGACAAGAUGACAGACAGGAGAUUGUAUAUGCUAAAGUCUUAGGCAAACUCCAAUUUCUAAAAGCUGAGAGACCCUGUAAUUUAGGAUCCAGAUACCAGAUAAUUUUUACCUUUUACAAUUUCCAGCUGACCUCAAUGAAGAUUGUUUUGGUGUUCCUUGAAGUACUGAUGCUUAUGUUGGCUGGUGAUGCGUUCAAGAUGUUGAUUCCUUUCAUUAGUACAUGGAUAUGUGUGCUGAUUCAUUCUGACUAGGCUACACCUAUAUUCACUUCUAUGCCAUUUUACAUAACUCCUACAAUUUAAAAAUAAAAGUACGU